UCAUUGUUUCUCGCAAGUCACCGUGCUUUGUUCUUCAUCAUUGCUUGCCUGAGCUUCUCUUUCUCUCUCCGAAAAUCUGUUUCUUUCUCUCUCCGCCUUCAUUGAUCUUGAUCUGAAUCAACUUACACUGAUUUGAUAUGGCUGCGUAUACCCCCAAGAACAUCCUAAUCACUGGCGCUGCUGGAUUUAUUGCAUCUCAUGUUGCUAACCGGCUUAUCCGAAGCUACCCAGAAUACAAGAUAGUCGUGCUUGACAAGCUUGAUUACUGCUCAAAUCUUAAGAAUCUUUUUCCUUCUCGGUCAUUCCCCAACUUGAAAUUUGUUAAGGGGGAUAUUGGCAGUGCAGAUCUUGUCAACUACCUUCUCAUUACCGAGUCGAUUGACACCAUAAUGCACUUUGCAGCUCAGACCCAUGUCGAUAACUCCUUUGGAAACAGCUUUGAGUUUACCAAGAACAACAUCUACGGCACCCACGUACUUCUAGAGGCCUGCAAAGUCACAGGCCAGAUCAGAAGGUUCAUUCAUGUAAGCACAGAUGAGGUCUACGGUGAGACUGAUGAGGAUGCUGUUGUAGGAAACCAUGAAGCUUCGCAACUCCUUCCCACAAAUCCAUAUUCUGCCACAAAAGCUGGUGCAGAAAUGCUUGUUAUGGCUUAUGGAAGGUCAUAUGGUCUACCUGUGAUAACCACACGAGGAAACAAUGUUUAUGGCCCCAACCAAUUUCCUGAAAAAUUAAUUCCAAAGUUUAUCCUCUUAGCCAUGAGAGGGAAGCCUCUUCCGAUUCAUGGGGAUGGUUCUAAUGUGCGGAGUUAUCUCUAUUGCGAGGAUGUUGCUGAGGCUUUUGAAGUCAUUCUUCACAGGGGUGAAGUUGGUCAUGUGUACAAUAUCGGGACAAAGAAGGAGAGGAGAGUGAUUGAUGUCGCCAAAGACAUAUGUAAACUUUUCUCAAUGGAUCCAAAAACCAGCAUCCAGUUUGUGGAGAACAGGCCAUUUAAUGAUCAGAGGUACUUCUUAGAUGAUCAGAAGUUGACGAACUUGGGUUGGUCAGAACGAACUACAUGGGAGGAGGGGUUGAAAAAAACAAUGGAAUGGUAUAUUAACAACCCUGAUUGGUGGGGUGAUGUUUCUGGAGCAUUGCUUCCUCAUCCUAGAAUGCUGAUGAUGCCUGGGGGGCUUGAGAGACAUUCUGAUGGGCCUGAGAAAUGUGAUUCUGGAUCUUCUGAAUUCUCGGAUAACUCUAAUCAGACACGCAUGGUGGUUCCAGUUUCCAAAAGCACCAAUUCUCCUCGGAAACCACCCUUCCAGUUCUUGAUAUAUGGUAGGACUGGGUGGAUUGGUGGUCUUCUUGGAAAGUUAUGUGACAAACAAGGGAUUCCAUACGCGUAUGGAAAGGGGCGUCUGGAGGAUCGGUCGCAGCUUUUGGCAGACAUUCAGACAGUUAAGCCCACACAUGUUUUCAAUGCUGCUGGUGUGACUGGUAGACCCAAUGUUGAUUGGUGUGAAUCUCAUAAAACGGAAACAAUCCGUACUAAUGUCGCUGGUACCCUAAACUUAGCAGAUGCGUGUAGAGAACAUGGACUCUUGAUGAUGAAUUUCGCCACUGGGUGCAUAUUUGAAUAUGAUGCUGCCCAUCCAGAAGGUUCUGGCAUUGGGUUUAAGGAGGAAGACAAACCCAACUUCACUGGUUCUUUCUAUUCAAAGACCAAGGCCAUGGUUGAAGAGCUCUUGAAAGAAUUUGAUAAUGUUUGCACCCUCAGAGUUCGAAUGCCGAUAUCUUCAGAUCUCAGCAACCCACGCAACUUCAUUACCAAGAUUAGCCGUUAUAAUAAAGUGGUAAACAUUCCCAACAGCAUGACCAUAUUGGAUGAGCUUCUUCCCAUCUCAAUUGAGAUGGCAAAGCGGAACCUCAGGGGCAUAUGGAAUUUCACAAAUCCUGGAGUCGUUAGCCAUAAUGAGAUUUUAGAGAUGUACAAGGAGUAUAUAGAUCCUGACUUCAAAUGGGCCAACUUCACACUGGAAGAGCAAGCCAAGGUGAUAGUUGCCCCACGAAGCAAUAAUGAGAUGGAUGCGUCCAAGUUGAAAAAUGAGUUCCCUGAGUUGCUACCAAUCAAGGAAUCAUUGAUCAAGUAUGUCUUUGAACCCAACAAGAAAAGCUUGGCUGAGUAAGCAUAUCAUAGGGUUAUACGGCUCAGAGAUUAAUCUGCAUUGUGCAUUGGGCUAUGGUUUUGAUUGUCUAUUAGUUUGAGUCAUUUAUUCUUAGCUUCACCACAUCACUUCUGUUGUUCUAAAAUGUUCGAUAGUUACUAGGAUGGUUCUACUCGGUGAUAUUCCCUCAUUUUUCUAAUCAACUCUUAGUUUGCACGACGGUCCUUUGUACAAGGAAUAUACUAGUGGGCUCUUCAUUAGUAGACUUAUCUUCUGCGAGCCUGCAGGGUUGCAACUUUUGAUUCUGAUAUAUGAAUAUGUUUUUUCUUAUGUUUUGUUUCAAUUAUUUUGUGAAUCAUAUUUUUUUCCUUCCCCCUUGGAUUUCAUUCAUUCUUUGAGGAUAGUCACUGGUUCCAGCCUGCCUUCUUGGGAAUCAAUUGCAAAAUAUCAAAGGCUGUUUGAUGUCUGGGUUGUAUGUGUUUCUGGUUGGAAUUCAACGUUCGCUCAUAUAAAUUAGGAUUCCAUUUCCUACUACCAUGGCCAAAAGGAACUCCGGUCUUCAUCAUCUCUUUCAAAUUGAUGUUUGAACGUCUUCAACAAGUUUUGUAAUGAGCACAACAACCCUACUGUUCCCGAUAGAGAGAAGAACCUCAAUACCCAAUUGAUUGAUCUGCAGGGAAAAUAGGGAUGGAAACGGGAUAGAAAGUGAUUUUCCUUUUCAAUUUCAGCUGUUUCGACAUUGCAUUGUUUUUUUUUUUUUUGGCUUUGGAAUUGUGAUGGUUGUCUAUCGUACAAAGGUUUGAACUUUGAAGAAGUUGAACUUUUGGAAUGUACAACCAAGUCGAGGACCAAAAUUUCGUUUUGAAACAAUUGAAAUGUUUUCGUUCUUGUAGAAAUCGAGUUGAUGG